UCCCGCAGACCCUGCAGAUGGGGAUCUACCAUUUCUCGGGGCUGUUUGUGCUGCUGUGCAUCGGGCUGGGCGGGGCGUUGCUCACCUCGCUGGGGAGCACGCCUUCUACCGCCUCAUCCUGCCCCGCAUCCGCCGCCAGAAGCGGUUCAGCUACUGGCUGCACACCAGCCAGAAAAUCCACCGCGCUCUCAACAUGGGCACGGAAGAGCAGAGGAGGCAGAAGCUGAGCCUGGAGCAGAGGCGCAGCCCCCAGCAGAACCCGGCACCCGAACGGAAGGAGGUGCGCAGGGUGCGCUUUCAGCUGGACACCAGCGAGGGUCCCCCAGGGCCUCCCAGCAAUGGGUUGGUGCAGGGGGAGCGGGCAGGGGGCGAGAGGGAGCUGCAGGAGCUGGAGGAGAAGAUCGAGGCGAUGCGGGAGCAGCUGCGUGCGGCGCUGCUGAGGAAGAGCGAGUUGGUGGCAGCGCUGGGUACAACGAGGGGCCCGGGAGCAGAGCAAAGCCAGGACAGCUGCACUGUGAAAGCGGCAGAGCACAGCUGACAGCUCUGCCCCACGGCCAGGUCCCAGCCCUGCCCCAGCACGGCAGCCUACGGGGCUCAGCAGCCACAGGAGACCCCCACGCUCCGAGCCCAGGAGGAAGGAGCAGCCCCAGGGUCAGGGCUGAGACCCCAACCCCCGGAGAGCCGGCAGCAGGGAGCCGACAUCACACUGAGCUCUGGAGCCGCGGCCAGAGAGCGCAGCCCCCCGGGGCAGAAGGACGGACAUCACCAGUGCUGGCCGUUCCUCAGGCUGCACAGAGAAGAACCCAGCCUCAGUGCACUCACCUCCCUCCGAGGCAGCAGAGGAAAGAACUAAAUCCAAAUGCAAGAGACCGGGGCCGCUGUCAACAGCCAGGGAUGCCACAGGCACGUCUUCCCUCCCUGCAGCCCUGUCACUUGUGCAGAGGUUGCACUGCUGAGCACAGCAGCGGGGGCCGGAGCUCAGCUCUCCUCCAGGAUCCUCACAUCACCUUCCAGCAGAACCCCAUCCCAGUGCUAGCAGGACAUCAGAGCAGCACCAAGCAGCUGUUAGAUAUAAUAUUUAUUAUUAUAUACAAACACAUUUUGUACAUUAAAUAGAAUGAACUCUA